AUGAAAUUUAGUUCAACAACUAUUGCUUUAACUUUAAUUUCGGCUUUAAGUGUUGAAGCUUUAACAAUUCAAAAUCCUUUAAACAAUUUACAACAAACUUUAAAAUUUGAUUUUAAUUAUGAUAAAUUAGUUGAUAAAUUUGAAAAUGGUAAAGAAAACAUUUUCAAAACUUUAUCAAAUGUCAUGAAUGAACCAUUGGAAAAUUUGUCAAAAGAAACUCAAAAAAUUUGGUCGGAAAUGUUGUUAAAUUAUCCUGAGACUGUUAGUCAAUUAAGUUUCAAAGUUCCACCAAAAUCAAAAAUUACUCCUCAAAAAUUUGAUUAUCAAGUUAGUGAUACUAAAUUACCUAAUCAUAGAUUAAGAGUUAAAUCAACUCCGGAAGAUUUAGGUAUUGAUUCCGUUAAACAAUAUAGUGGUUAUUUGGAUGUCGAAAACGAAGAUAAACAUUUCUUUUAUUGGUUUUUUGAAAGUAGAAAUGAUCCAAAAAAUGAUCCAGUUAUUUUAUGGUUAAAUGGUGGUCCAGGAUGUUCAAGUUUAACAGGUUUAUUUUUUGAAUUGGGUCCUUCAUCAAUUGGUGAAGAUUUAAAACCAGUCUAUAAUCCUUUUAGUUGGAAUAAUAAUGCGUCAGUUAUAUUUUUAGAUCAACCAAUUAAUGUUGGUUAUUCUUAUAGUUCUCAAAGUGUUUCAAAUACCGUUGCUGCAGGUAAGGAUGUUUAUGCUUUUUUGGAAUUAUUUUUUAAACAAUUUCCAGAAUAUUCAAAAUUAGAUUUUCAUAUUGCUGGUGAAUCUUAUGCUGGCCAUUAUAUUCCAGUCUUUGCUAGUGAAAUAUUAACUCAUCCUGAAAGAUCAUUUAAUUUGACUUCAGUUUUGAUUGGUAAUGGUUUAACUGAUCCUUUAACUCAGUACGAAUAUUAUCAACCAAUGGCUUGUGGUAAAGGUGGUGAACCAAGUGUUUUAGAUGAAGAUGAAUGUCAAGCUAUGGCUGAUUCAAUUCCAAGAUGUCAAUCUUUAAUUCAAUCAUGUUACGAUUCUGAAUCUGUUUGGUCUUGUGUACCAGCAACUGUUUAUUGUAAUAAUGCUCAAAUGGGUCCUUAUCAAAGAACUGGUAGAAAUGUUUAUGAUAUCAGAACUAUGUGUGAAGGUAACUCAUUAUGUUAUAAAGGUUUAGAGUAUAUUACUGAUUACCUCAAUAAACCUGAAGUUUUAAAAGCUGUAGGAGCUGAAGUUGAUAAUUAUGAUUCAUGUAAUUUUGAUAUCAAUAGAAACUUUAUGUUUGCUGGUGACUGGAUGAAACCUUAUUUCAAAAAUGUCAUUGAUUUAUUAGAACAAGAUUUACCUGUUUUAAUCUACGCCGGUGAUAAAGAUUUUAUUUGUAACUGGUUAGGUAAUCAAGGCUGGACUGAUAGAUUAGAAUGGAGUGGUUCAAAAGGUUUUUCAAAAGCACCAAUUAGAAAAUGGACUUUGGAUGAUAAACAUGUUGGUGACGUAAAGAACUACAAGCAUUUUACAUUCCUUAGAGCGUUUGGCGGCGGACAUAUGCUUCCGUUUAAUCAACCCCUUGCUUCUCUUGAUAUGCUCAAUAGAUGGAUUGGUGGUGAUUAUAAAUUUUAA